UGACCAGAGCAGUCAUGUACGACGCUACCCAGUGGCUAGUAGACCGCGCGAAUAUUCACGAUGUUGUCGUAGGCAUGCUGCUGUACGCCGACACGAAGCGCACGGAAAAGAUAGCGUCGGAUAUCUUCGCCGACCAAGUGUUCGUUGACUACACGUCCAUGUUGGGUGGCGAACCGUACGCGAUCUCAGGUCCCGACCAGGCAAAAGCGUGGAAGGAGACGUCGGUUAACUUCGAUGCGAUACAGCAUACGACUUUCUCCCCGCUUAUCGAUCUCGGUCAGCCUUCAAGCGACCGUGAGCAACCUUCGACCGCGACCGCUCUCGUGAACACGGGGGCGACCAUCGUGCGCAAGGCUGCCGAGGGCGGUCCCGUACUGCAGACCGGGGGCCGCUAUGAGCUCGAGCUCAUCCGGACCGCGAACAGCGGUAACCCGUGGCGCAUCAGUAAGCUGAAGAUGGACAAUGUGUGGCUUAACGGUAAUCCAGGCGUCUUGCCGAAGAAAGAGUAACUGAAGCCCAGACUAUGUCGAAAUAUAAGAGUGUCUCGAGCGCAAAUGUCUGAACCGAGAAAGCGAGCCACGAUAGAUCCCAUUUUACGCGUGAAGCAUCAGCGGGACUCUUCAGUCCACCACUCCUUCGAUAUGGGACACCCGAGGAGUUUCUCAGCGGAGUGCAUGACAUCGGUUCGCCCAUCCUGCUCGAACUUUCGCGGACCCAAGUCAUCGAAGUAGUAGCCUUCGCUCCUCCAUUGCGGCCCCGGAGCGUACUGGUAGUACCCUAUCCAGUGCAGGAAGCGCAGCGCUAGGUAUUCCACAAUGUUCCCAGGCUCGGGCAUAUACCAAGGGCGGGGACGGAACC